GCCAAAGUUCCGCGAGUAACGCAGCAGCAAGCGGCGGAGAAUGGCGAAGAUCUGCGGCAUUAUACUGUUCGUAGCGCUGAUUCUGGCGAUACUGAACACUUCAGCGUCUGAAGGACAACAGAAGAAAAUCAGACAGAAGAGAGAGUGGAUUAUCCCACCACACAAUGUGAGGGAAAAUGUCAAUUAUACGAAUCGGGAAUACAUAGCCAAAAUCCGUUCAGAUGAGGAGACCAGGACGAGUAUACGAUAUUCACUGACUGGAUCUGGUGCUGACCAGCCACCCAUUCACUUGUUCACUGUUAAUAGAGAGACUGGCUUGGUCAAGAUCCACGGAGUGUUAGACAGAGAGAAAACUCCCGUUUAUUAUCUCCGAGGGGUGGCCAGGUUUCUGAAUGGCAGUCAUGCUGAGAAAGAUAUUGAUUUGAGAAUCGUGGUGGAGGAUGAGAACGAUAAUGCUCCUGUGUUUAACCUGACAACCGGAGCUGUUUAUGAGCGGAGCGCAAUAG